AGAAGAAGGCAGACGAGGAGGAAGAAGAGGAGGAGAGCUGAAGCUUGGACAUGUGGAUGUGAUUUUUCUCUCCCUCCCCGCCUGGCUGUGGGACCCAUGUGCGCCCCAAAGAAAGGCAGCCACCAGCAUCUUCUCGGACAGUAUCUCUUUUGGGGAGCCUCUCCAGGGUCUCCCCACCCCAUGGACCCUCUCCUCCUCCUUUCCCCCCUUUUCUCCUCUUGAGCUGCUUUUGGGGAGCUGUCAACACUCUCGCCAUGAGGAAGCGGGCCAAAGCCUUGGGCACCCUGGCCGUCUAGCUUGGGGGUUCCCUACUGGCUCCCUUCUCCCCACAACUUCAGGAAUUUGGGGGGCUUUGCACCCGUUUCCCCAAAGCGCCCCAGGAUUACUCUUCUGUCUGGGACCCUCUCGCCUCGGCUAUGGGACCCCACCUGCUGCUCUGCCACACUUUGGGGCUGAUGGUCUGCUGCUGCGCCUUGAGUGCCGUCUACGCCAUGGUGGAUAACGAUGAUGUCUUGACGGUGGAGGAGCAAGUGUUUUUGCUGCGGAAAGCCAAAGCCAAGUGCGAGCGGCAUUUGAAAGCCAAAGGAGCCAAACCACAAGAAGGGUACUGUGUUCCAGAAUGGGACACCCUCAUCUGUUGGCCGGAAAGUGCUCCAGGGACAUUGGUCUCCAUGCCGUGCCCAGAUUACAUCUUUGACUUCAACCACAAAGGCCAUGCCCACCGGCAGUGUGACCGGAAUGGGAGCUGGGUCCAGGUGCCCAGCGUCAACCUCACCUGGGCCAACUACAGUGAAUGUGCCAAGUUCUUCCCCAUUGACACAAGGCAAAAGGAAAUCUUCCACCGCCUCUAUGUGAUUUAUACUGUGGGCUACUCCAUCUCCUUGACCUCCCUAACCAUUGCUGUUCUUAUCCUGGGCUAUUUCAGGCGCUUGCACUGUACACGGAAUUACAUCCACAUGCACCUCUUUGUCUCCUUCAUGCUCCGGGCCAUCAGCAUCUUCGUGAAGGACGCCGUGCUCUACUCGGGCUCCGCGCUGGAGGAGACGGAGCGCAUCUCAGAAGAGGACUUUAAGUCCAUCACCGAGGCGCCUCCGGCAGACAAAUCUUCCCUUGUGGGCUGCAAGGUAGCCGUGACCUUGUUCCUUUACUUCCUGGCCACCAACUACUACUGGAUCCUGGUGGAAGGCCUCUACCUCCACAGCCUCAUCUUCAUGGCAUUCUUCUCGGAGAAGAAGUAUCUUUGGGGAUUAACCUUCUUCGGUUGGGGGCUGCCAGCUGUGUUCGUCUUAGUCUGGGCCACCUUACGGGCAACGGUAGCCGAUACAGAGUGCUGGGAUUUGAGCGCUGGCUACUUCAAGUGGUUCAUUCAGGUGCCCAUCCUUGCAGCUGUGAUGGCAAAUUUUAUCCUUUUUAUCAAAAUCAUCCGGGUCCUUGCAACCAAACUCCGGGAAACCAAUGCAGGGAGAUGUGAUACAAGGCAACAAUAUAGGAAGCUGCUGAAAUCGACGCUGGUCCUCAUGCCGCUCUUCGGAGUCCAUUACAUUGUCUUCAUGGCGAUGCCGUACACCGAAGUGUCAGGGAUCCUCUGGCAAAUCCAAAUGCAUUAUGAAAUGCUCUUCAACUCUUUCCAGGGAUUUUUCGUCGCCAUUAUCUAUUGUUUUUGCAAUGGGGAGGUUCAAGCCGAAAUCAAGAAGUCGUGGAGCCGGUGGACCUUGGCGCUGGACUUCAAGCGCAAAGCCCGCAGCGGGAGCACCACCUACAGCUACGGACCCAUGGUCUCGCACACCAGCAUCACGAACGUGACCACCCGUGGGGGCGGGAGCAUUGCCCUCCACCUCAACACCAGGCUCCUCCCCGGCUCGGUCAACGGACACCGGAAUUUGCCCGGAUACGUCAAAAACGGCUCCAUUUCCGAGAACUCCUUGCCUUCCUCUGGGCCGGAACAGUAUAACAAAGACGAGGAGUACCUCAACGGUUCGGGACUCUACAACGGAGACAAACCGACCAUACUUGUGGAAGAAGAGUGUCAGGACACAAUUCAAAGCUUGGAAGAGCAAGCCUUUGACUCCUGCCCCUGCGAACACACCUGAAGGAGGAGGAAGGAGAACCUGGAGAAGGAGGAGAGCCGUCCUGUGAGGAAGCCACAAUCAGGAGAAAUCCCUCACAGGAGUUGGAGAAGGCUGUGGAAGGGACUGGAAGGGGAGGAGGGAUGAGCACCAGGAAAGGGGCUGGAGGGACAUGGGAAAUUAGUAGUGUUAUUUUCUUUCUGUGUGUGCUGUAGCAAUAAAACUGGCUACGUCCA